GGUUACUAAGGGUCAAACAACUGUUUGAGCGGUGAUUGCGUUUCGUUGACUAUUUUUCUGGGGCAAAUCGAUAGAAAUUGCAUCAGGCGAGAGUUCCCUGGGGGAAAGCGCUCAGUAUUGCCCUAUUAGAGCCUUUUGAAGGACAUUGAGGGGCUUGUCUUUUGCUGAUAUCCCCGUAUUUCGAUGUUGCGUCGUGUGUUGUCUGAAGAGGAGGGGCGUCACCACCCCAAGGCCAAGCAACAAAAAUCAUGUCGAUCUGCCUGCUGGUCCGGUCUUGUGGACGGAGUGUAGGCGUGUUUGGUGCGGCUGGAGUCCGUGCCAUGUCCGGUAGCGCGACCGUGGAGGCGCCGCUGUACGAGCGGUGGACGGAGCUGUGUUCUCGGGACAGAAUCCGGACGACCGAGGCGCGCCAGGAUUGGUGGCGGGUUGUCAAGGCUAGAUACUGUGAACCAUGGCGCUUCUAUCACAACUUGUCCCACAUCUACAGUAUGUUUCAGCACUUUGACAGGCACCAAGACAAAAUACAAAACAGGAAUGCUGUGGCAUGGGCUAUUUUCUUCCAUGAUGUUGUCUAUGAUGCCAAGGCCUCGGACAAUGAAGCCAGAAGUGCAGAAAUGUUCCACCACUUUGCCACUGAGAAUCUGCAAAAGCCGCCUGACUGUAUCCGUGAGACAGAGAGGCUCAUCAUGCUGACUAAGGAGCAUGUUACAGAGGAACACAGGCACAAGGACAGAUAUGGCACAAAAGAUGAGCACUACUUUUUGGAUUUUGACAUGUCUGUGUUGGGCUGGCCUGAACAAGAUUAUGAUGUGUAUGCAGAACAGAUCAGACAGGAGUAUGUUCACAUUCCUCUGGACCAGUACAAGGAGAGAAGAGCAAUGUUUCUAAAGAAGUCGAUGUCAGAAACAGCCAAUAUCUUCAGUACCAAAGAGUUCCGGGAGCAGUUUGAGAAACAGGCCAGACAGAACAUGAAUCGGGAGAUCCAGCACCUACAGGCCAUCCAGGUCACCUUAGGUCUGGAGCUGCCUGCACGAUGAGCUGAGGGGUCAAGUCACGCUAGGUCUAUAGUUACCUGCAUGGUGAGCUUGGAUCGGAUACAGUAGACUUUCAGGUCCAAAAAGGUACCUUACUUGAUGUGGUAAGGGGGCAUUAUGUAACAUUUUUCACCAAAAAUUAAAAUAUUUUAAUUGAAAUAAUCUUUGUGUGAUUGUAAUGUACUUCCACUUUUCAGCAUAUUUGUGCAAUUAUUUCAGAUUUCUGACACUUAUGGCUUAAUAAAACAGCCCACACCUGACACUCAGUUUGUGGUGCCACCACAAACUGCCAGAAUGUAAACAAACAUGGCUGACAGCUAUGUUUCCAGCUUUCACACACACUUGUUAGGCAUCAUAUUUUGGCAGUUAUAUUUCCUGAAUUAUUGUUGAUUCAACUUAAAAGAAAUGACCAGUUUACUUCUUAUAUCAUCCUAUAUAUAUUGUUACAUAAUACAGCCUUACGUGUUAAUACUGCAAUACCCUAUAGUUAGGUGGAAAGGAACAAUACAGUGUUUGUAUAGGCAAUUGGUUACUUUCUGGCUAAUAGGCUAAUUGUUAAGAUAAUUAACAUGCUUAUAAGGGCAUAACACAACAGUAUAAUUACUGUUGACAGAUAUGCAAAUUGCUAAACAUAGAUGGUACAAAUAAUUGAAUUGUAACUGUAUGUCUAUAAAUACAAAGCUGUAGCUAAUGUUAAGGCUUACCAGUACAUGUAUGUAAGAAGUGCUUAAAAGAAUAGUGCUAUGUACUCAAACUAAUUGUCAGCAUGAAAGUUCAACAGUGUUAGUAGUAUGUUAACUUAUGGAAGUAGGGAAGACAUGUAAAUAUGGACGAUCUAUGCAAACAAUAUUAAUUUUUCUACACUUGGUCAGCCAGCUUGUUGGUUGUUAAGGUGUUGUUGAUAAGAUGUUGACUUAGGUGUUACAUGUAUUUAUGCACCAAAUAAUCUGAACAAAAUAUGUGCUUAUCAACUUAUAUUAAGUUGUUGCCUAUGAAUGUUAUCUUUUCGUUUAAUUGUGCACUAUUGUUGAGCUGUCUACUGUGCACUGUAUAAAUGAUCAUGGUGUUAUUAUAAAGGUGAGAUUGGGUCAUUUUGAGUAACAUAUAUUCAAGCCCUUUAAGUGCAUUAUUACUGAUGCAUGAUGUCCUCUUAGGUGUUAUGCAAUGGUGCAUGGAUAUGGUGGUUCUGAGAUUGUGCAAAGACUUACCAAAGAGAAGAUAUGUAGAAUAAAAUAUCAAUUAUGAUAA